AACCUUCUCUCCCACAAACCCACGUCGGCACCCUCAUUCGUUCGUUCUGCUGCUUGAUAUAACCAGAGUCUUCUGCAAAUCGCACUGCCCGGAACAGAGCACCUCGACCAGAACAUUCAGCCAUCCCGUCGGUCGUGCCCAGCUAGCAGCCAUGGCCGAGCCGAUCCCCAACAAGCGUGCCGACCCGGUCGCGCCUACUCCCCAGAACACCCCUUUGAACACCGCGCCCAUCACCUCGCACGCCCAACAGCCAAAUGUUGCCAGCAUCAAGGAAGAGGAGCUCACUGCCGCCUCCAUCUUCGCCCAAAACCCCAAGCUUGUUGAGAUGAUCCAGGGCCGCCUCGGCGGGCUCAUUGGCCGAUCCUCAGGCUACAUCGAGUCGCUGCCACCGCAGAUCAAGCGCCGCGUCGCCGGCCUCAAGGGAAUCCAGAAGGACCACUCCAAGCUCGAGGCCGAGUUCCAGGAGGAGGUUCUCCAGCUCGAGAAGAAGUACUUCGCCAAGUUCACCCCUCUAUACCAGAAGCGUGCAGCCAUUAUCAACGGCAAGUCUGAGCCCACGGAUGCCGAGAUCGAGGCCGGUGAGCAGGAUGAGGAUGAGGUGAAGGAGGAGAAGCCCGCGGCCGAGAAGUCGGCCGAUGCUGGCGCCAGCUCGGCCGAUUCGAACGUCGCCGGUAUCCCGGAGUUUUGGCUCUCAGCCAUGAAGAACCAGAUCUCGCUCGCCGAGAUGAUCACGGACCGCGAUGAGCAGGCCCUCAAGCACAUCACCGACAUCCGGAUGGAGUACCUCGACAAGCCUGGUUUCCGUCUCAUCUUUGAGUUUGAGGAGAACGAGUUUUUCACAAACAAGACCAUCUCCAAGACUUACUUCUACCAGAACGAGUCCGGUUACGGCGGCGAUUUCAUCUACGACCAUGCUGAGGGCGACAAGAUCGACUGGAAGGCGGACAAGGACCUGACUGUUCGCAUCGAGUCCAAGAAGCAGCGCAACAAGAACACCAAGCAAACACGCACCGUCAAGAAGAUUGUGCCCACCGAGUCCUUCUUCAACUUCUUCUCUCCCCCUAAGGCCCCUACCGAGGACGAUGACGAUGCGACCUCGGAUAUUGAGGACCGCCUUGAGCUUGACUACCAGCUUGGCGAGGACAUCAAGGAGAAGCUCAUCCCAAGGGCUAUCGAUUGGUUCACCGGCGAGGCACUUGCCUAUGAGCAGAUGGAGGAGGAGGACCUUGAGGAUGAGUUCGACGAGGAUGACGACGAGGAUGAUAUGAGCGAAGACCACGACGAUGAGGACGAGUCGGACGAUGAUGACGACGAUGGCUCCAAGCCGAAACAGGAGGCCGCUGAGUGCAAGCAGAGCUAAAGUGGCUGCCUUGCCAUCCAUUGACGGCAAUCCCCUUUGGCAAGAGCUGUUCCCCGCGGUAACCGGCAUCAACCUCGACUGUUGCGUGGGUAGUCAACGCAGAAAACAAGCCCCCUUUUUAUGUGGAUGUAUAGCUUGAGCAUGGGUUUCCCCGAUAGACCGUAAUUUUUCACACCCCAAAGAACCCCCCAAAAAAAAGAGCAAAAAGUCAAAACCCUGUGGUUUCGCCGCCUGGCCAGAGGCGUUCCCCAUCCCCCUCCCGUUUCCUCUCUACUUUGGCACACAUGGCUUCUCCUGACUUGGGACCUGGUAUUGGCCCUGUACGAUGUUUUCGAUGUGUUUGGCUUUUCCGAGUUACACUCUUCCCCUUGAACAACACGUUGACGAGAAUACACAGAGGGUUGUUUGGGUUGAGGGCGGUGCCGAGUUGGGCUAUCGCCAUCGUGUGUUGUUGUUCAAACCGGCAUUAUACACACUAGCUGAACCUCACCCGCAGACUUCAUCAUUGUGUUUUGAGCCAUCGCUUAGCUCGCCGCUAUCAUUGCCAUGGAUGAAAGCUAGGUAGAUAAGAAAGCACACUGAGCAUGUGAAUAUCUGACGUUUCCCUGGGGCUGCACGUUGAUGAGCGCGACUAGUCAGGGCUGCUAGUGGAGC